AUGAAUUCCGUCGAUGCGUCCGAGCAUUAUGAUCUAGGAGCUACCGAUAUUGCUCCAUCUCUCCUCACCAUAAUCCUCGACACAAAUCCACAUGCCUGGGCAGCUCUUGAAAGCUCUCUCCCACUCUCUAAAGCCGUCGCAAACAUCCUCGUCCUGAUAAAUGCCCACCUAGCCUGCAACUACGCCAAUGAGGUAGCUGUCGUCGCAUCCCACAGUCAAAAAGCAGCAUGGCUCUACCCAGUCCCCAGCGACACGCCCCACGCAGAUCGCGACGGCGAUGUCGCGAUGAACGUCAACGGCGGAGCCCACACAGCUAAAACGAAUAAAUACCGGCCAUUCCGUUUAGUCGAAGAGCAGGUUAACAGCAACCUGAAAGCUCUGCUAGAUUCCACUACCAGCGAUGACAUUCGCGAGAACUCAUCGACCAUGAUGGCCGGCGCGCUGACCCUAGCGCUCAGCAAUAUCAAUCGGCGAACAAUUGCCUGGGCUGAGGAGCACGGCGGUAAAGAGUUAGACGAUACAGCAGGCGAAGGAGGUGGAGCAGGAGGAGGCAGUGGGCCAGGGGCGUCAUCAAACAAAUACUCCGCUGACGACGACGAGCGGUUACAGAGUCGCAUCCUGAUCGUGUCAGUUAGUGGAUCCGGCGACUCAGCUCACCAGUAUAUCCCCGUGAUGAACAGUAUCUUCGCAUGUCAACGCCUUCAUAUCCCUAUCGACGUAUGCAAGCUCAGCGGCGAUGCAGUAUUCCUGCAGCAGGCCUGCGACGCCACCAAGGGCGUAUACAUGGCCUUGUCAGAGCCGCGUGGAUUGCUACAGUAUUUGAUGAUGGCAUUCCUGCCAGACCAGCGUUCUCGUCGGCAUCUUGUGCUCCCAACGCGGAUCGAUGUGGAUUUCCGGGCUGCGUGCUUUUGUCAUCGCCGGGUUGUGGAUAUUGGGUUCGUGUGCUCUAUUUGUCUGAGCAUAUUUUGUGAGCCACCACCAGAUAACACUUGUUUAACUUGUGGAACACCUUUGGAUGCAGGUGAUUACGGUAUGAAACCAGCGCUUAUUCCGAAGAAAAAGAAGAAGAAGAAGCGGGUUAAUGGGGCUUCGGCGGCUGGGACGCCCAUGUCUACUCCUACGCCUGGUCCUUAG